CACAGCUAUCUCUCAUCACUUUUACCAUUAUUCCACAAAACUCAUCUACUAUUCCUGAAAGAAAGAGAAACUAUGGCGGAAGGAGCUUUGUUCGAUCUUGCAGGGAAAGUCAUUAAUGCACUGGGCUCUCUCAUUGUCCAGGAGGUCAAACUGGCCUCUAGUGUCGAAACUGAGAUUGAAUAUCUGAGCAACACAGUCUCCACAAUCCAUGCUGUGAUUCGAGAUGCAGAAAAGCAGAGUUCUCAUAGCCAUCGGAUCAAAAACUGGCUCAGUAAGCUCAAAGAUGUCCUCCAUGAUGCUGAUGACUUGCUGGAUGAUUUCUCCACCGAAGUUAUGCGCCGCAGAGUGAUGACAAAAAAGGUACGCCUUUUCUCUUCAAGUUCAAACCUGCUUGCUUUUAGUCCUAAGAUGGGCCAUGAAAUAAAAGCAAUUAGGGAGAGACUAAAUGCCAUUGCGAAAGAUAAAGAUGAUUUUCACUUUAGUCAAAGCUUGGUUGAGCCACAAGUCAUGAAUAGGAGUAGAGAAACUUACUCUUUUGUACUCGAAGAUGAAGUUAUUGGGAGAGAGAAUGAUAAGAAAGAGAUUAUGGAACGUCUUUUUGAGGACAAUGUUGUAGAGAAUAUUUCUAUCGUUCCAAUUGUUGGUAUCGGAGGAAUGGGCAAGACAACACUAGCUCAACUAGUAUAUAAUGAUGACAAUGUUCAAAAAAAAUUUGAGAUAAAACUUUGGGUUUGUAUCUCUGAUAUCUUUGACGUAAAACGAAUUGUUAAAGAAAUUUUAGAACUGUUGCCAGAGAGGAAACAUGAGGAAAGCCUUGAGAGAGAUUCUAGAACAGCUGAGGAAGCAUGAAGAAAGCCUUGAGAUCUUGCAAAAUAAGCUUCGAGAAAAACUUAAUGGAAAAAAAUACUUGAUUGUCUUGGACGAUUUGUGGAAUGAGGACAGUA